AAGAGCUUUAUUAAUAAUUUUAUACAAGUUUUUACGUUUCUACUAAAUAUAUCAUUAACCAAAACAUUCGUUAUGUGUUGGCAGAUAAUAAUUGAGAAAAAAAAUCACUUCCGAAGGUCGUGACGUUAACCAUCACGUACAUAUGUGUUUCAACGAAGCGAAAUAUGUCAGUUUAGUUUUUGAAUAAUGAAUUAAAUAUCAUUUCAAGAUGGCUAAUUGGACUGCUUUCACUUCUGAAAAUUGUAUGUAUGUUAUUUGAUAAUUUUAUAUUUUUUUAUUAAAAUAUGUAUUUCUUAGCACCAAGUGUACCAAACCGCCCUGCUCCUCCACCGCCCAAAGUGAUCAAACCUGGGUAAGUUGUGAGUUUUAUUGGUACAAAUUAUACUAUUUAUAAUAUACAAUUUUUUUUUUUAGAGCUAAAUCAAGAUUAGCAAAAGUACUUUCAUUAAAACAAUCAAAAUCUCUGAAUGGUUUUCAACAACCAGUCAAAAAGAAACCUCCACCUCGACCACCACCUCCUAAAUUUGUGCAAAUGCCAAAAAGUCAAAGUCAAGUAAUAUACAUAAAACUUUUUAUUUUGAUUUUUUUUGUAUGUGUAAUUUUGUACUAUUGUAGUAAUUUUUUAUUAGGUCUAACCUUUAAGUAUAAAUUAUCAUCAAAAAGAAGGUUUCAGGUAAUUCAGUAGUUAGUAAAAUAUUUGGAACUAGGACAUUUUCCCUUAUAAUCAAAUUGUUCAGAAAUACUUAUAUCUUUUUUAUUAUUUAAAUUUAAAAUAUAAAGUAGUAUCUAUUGUUAAUUAGUAAUUGCAGCUUGCCAUGUAACAAUAAUAAAAGGCUAUAUUUUAAAUACAGAUAUUCAGAUAUUAUAAAUUUAAAAAAUAUUAAUGCUUUAAAAAAUGAAUGUACAAUAUAAUAUUAGAAAUUAUAUAAUUGUAUCAUUGAAUUAUUUAUUAUUUUAUUGGAAAAUGUCCUCAACCCAAAAUUUAAUAAAUACAUUUUUUUUAAAAAAAUGCGUUGAAUUUCUCAUCACAAUAAAUUAGUAAAUUAACAAUUUUCUUAAUAAUUAAAAAAUAACCAAUUUUUAAAGGUUUUUUUUUUAUAAUAGAUUUUUUUAUUUUAUUUUGUUUAAACAAUCAUUUUUUUUUGGUAAUAUAAAUGCUUGUAUAAUUAUUUUAGGGAAAGUGUGGUUUGUCAUCUUUAAUUGGACUUAAAACAAAGCACACAAUUCCAACACCUUCUUGGAUAGGAAAAACAAAUGAAAUUCAUAAAUCUGCCAGUACUUCUCAGGUGGGCUGUCUUAUAGACCUCAGUUCACCUCAAACAUCACCAACAUCUACUCAUAAGUUAGUAUUUUGUGAAAUAAAACAAAUUUGUUAUUUGUUGUAAAAAAUAUAAAUUAUUAUUUGUUUAGAUCCAGUAGUGACGGAAAUAGCGUAGAUAGCUUCAACAGUGAUUUUAGUCCGUGGAAAGAAUCUCAAGCUGAAAGCAGUGGUUUUGAAGAUGAUUUUGAUUUACUAUGUUCAAAUAAAGAUAUGGAUUAUUUAAAAACAACAUUUUCUCAAUUGCAACUUGAAAAUUCAUUACCACCACCAUCAUUACCUCCUCCAAUGUUACCACCAGAUGCCUUAAAUGUAUUAUUAAAUGGUCCCAAAUUGCCACCAAGACCUAAUGAUAUGGUAAGUUAAACUAAUAUUAUAUCAAAAUUUGUGUAUGAGCUUGAGCUGUUAUAAAUAAUACAGUGCAUAAACGUAUCCAAUAGAUUCUUGUUUAGUUAGUAAAUAUUUUAUUUCUAUUGUUUUGCAUAACUAUAGGUUGAAUAACAUAUGACAUAAAACUAUUGAAUUAAUAAUUUGUUUUUAAAUCACGUUACACCAAUGUCAGUUUAGUAUCAAGGAAUUUAAAUUUAAAUUAUACAUUUAAUAACUGUAUAGAAAAGAAAUGAGACAACUAAAAAUUGUACAAAUUUAAGAUGUUUUGUUUUUAAACACAUUCAUUUCUAUGAAUGUUUUGGAUUCUAAACUAAGUGAAGUGAUUUUUAUUUUUUUCUGUCUGUAAACAACUUUUCAGCCAGAAAUCUUGCUCUAAUCGUUAAAUGGCAAGAGGUCUUUGUUACAUUUUGUAUCUAAUUAAUGAAUUAGAGAAGUAAUUUUUUAAUUUUCCAAGAGGUUUUCAAAACAAUUGGGAAAACAGUUAAUUAUUUACAGCUCGCUUUGUCAUUACAGAUUUUAUUAUUUUAAAGUUUUAUUCAUUAUGCUUUCUACCAGAAAUAUUUUCCCAUUUGAAAAACUACAAGAGGUCUUUUAAUUGCAUUUAGAUCUUGUUGGUUAUUAAAAAAGUUGUGUAUUUUUCAUAUAGGUUUCUUAAUAAUUGAUAAAAACCUGGAAAAUAUUUAGAAAGAACAGGGAAAGUUUACAGUUUUCUAGAUAUGGUAAAAUCUUUAAAAUAUGUUGGAGUUAUUUAUAAGCAUUUUACAUUUUCUAGUUUUAUUUUCGGUAGUUACUAUGUGGAAAAACUGUUCAAUCAAACAAAAAUUUCACUUAAAGUUGUACUUUGCUAUAAAAAAAAAAAAAGUUGAUUAUAAUAUAGUUUUUUUUUAUUUGCAUUUUUAAGAUUUUAUUUUGUCGAAAAAUUGUAAAUAUUAUGACAUGUAUAACCAAACUUCAUUCAAAAUCAUUUAUUAUUAGCGAUAGUUUAUUAUUGCUUACAGAUAUAAAUUAAAUAACCUAUGUGACUCCCAAUUCCCACCUACAACAAUAACAUAAUGUCCAAAGUAUCAAUUUUUUUAUUUUGUGUGUUUCUUAAAAUACUUAUACUAUAUAUUUAUCUAUAUUAUAUAUAUAUAUAUAUAUAUAUACGAUACAUGUAGUCAUCAAUUAUGUAAUUUUAUAAAAUAAAUAAAUUACAUAUUAACUAAUUAAUUUCAUUGAUGUUGAAGUUUGUUUUCUUAAUUAUAUAUUAUUUGAAAUUCAGAUUCUAUUUGAACUUUUAAUAUAAUUUUUAUAUCAAGAAAUAAAAUAUAUGUACAUGUAUAUAUUUUUUAUAAAUAUAUUCUUUAUUAAAUAGGUAUUGAACCAGCAAUAAAAUAUUUAUUUAUGACAAGUUGAUAAGGAUUUUUGACACUGACAUUUUCAGAUAAUUACUAUAUUUUAGGAUAUGAAACUUAAAAUGGAUAUAACUGACUUUGAUUUCUGUUUUUUUUUCUAAUUAUAAUAGAAUCAUUUAAGCUUUAUUUCAAAUCUUUUUAAAGUUUUUACCCCUACUCCAUAUACCUUAAAUAUAUACUUUUGAUUUUCAAAUAGGACCCUCCCCCCUUUUUGAAUAUAGAUUUGAAUAGAAAAUAUUUGUCUAGAAAUUUUGAUAUGCAUAACACUAAUAUCAGAUUUACCAAAUUUACGUUUAUGAAUUAUAACAGUUUAAAAUUUAGAUCAGCGAGAGCAGUAGAGAAGGGUUAUAGAUAGGCAUAAAAAAAAAUCAUCCUGUAUAUGCGUUAAACAAUGAAUCAUUUGUGGAAGUAAAAACUUUUGUAUAUUCUGUAUAGUCUGAGGGCGGACCAAGACCCCUGGGCUACCUCUCUACAUCCACCACUGAUCGGACAUGUGUGAUUCGAGUAACACUGACACUAAAUGUACGGUAUGGAUACGGGUUGACUACAAAACAGACAUGUUUAAAUAGACUUUAAGUGCUGAUUUUAAGUGCCACCUUAAGUGAUCUAAAGUAUUUACUAUCAUUAAUUGGACUCUAAUUAAUCAAUGCUACGACUAGGUAUAAAUAAACAUAGAUAACCAUAAUAUAUUUUGAACUUUUGCGUUAUUCAAACAUCAAUUAGAAAAUAAGGUAGGUAAAUAAAUAAAUAAAUAAAAUAAAAUGUAUCGCUACAACAUUUAUGAUAAUAUAAUAGAUUUUCGUAUUGUAGGUAGGUACUGUAAAAGGCAAAUGAGAAAAUAUUGCCUUCUAUUUAUUUUAGAUUCUGAGUGGAGCGAAGAAGCUUGUGGUUUUACAAAGAUGUUUAUUUUUUUUUCCUGUAGACAAAUUUUCUACCAAAGAACUUGCUCCAAUUUUUACAUGUAGCACCUUUUCUGAAAGAAAAUCUGUGUGUGGAGAUACUUACUUUAAGAAGGUCAAUUUUUGAUUUUUUCAAGAGUUUUCCCAGCAAAUGUGAAAAACUAUGAAAAAAAAAGUGGAAAACCAGGAAUUACGAGAAAAUUGGUACAUUAAACAAAUAUUAUUAAACAAAAUAUAUAAUGCCUAUUUAAUUAUUUUACCAGAAUAUGACAUAUUAUUUAUUGUUGACAAAACAUCACUAUCAACUGAACUCUGCUCAGAAUCGUUUUUUCAUUAGCAAUGGUUAGUCAUUGCUAACAGAUAUACAUUAAAAUACCUAUAACAGUGGCUUUACCCGUCCCCAUUAUCCUAGGAGGACAACUUUUUUAUUAUUAUAUCCAAAAAAUAUAAAAAUAUCUCUAAUCUGUUGUAAUGUCUAAAAUUAUUAUUUUGAAAGUUACUUUUUCAUGAUUUGUGUGCACAUCUUCAUGAUUAAACAAUUAACACUUGUGAUAAUAACUCGGCACUCAUGGUUAGGUACUUAAAAAUCUAUUUAAUUUAUAAAUAUGUAAUUUAAUACCCUCUCUACUCACCCAAUCUAAACUUUAACCUGUUAUAACUCAUAAAGACUAAAUCUGAUAUAAGUAAUAUGCAAAUCACAAUAUCUAAAAAAAUAUUUUCUAUUCAAAUCUGUGUUCAAAAAGGGGGUUCCUAUUUGGAAAUCAAAUAUAUGCACUUAUUUAUGGUAUAUAUAGUAGGGGUAAAAAAUUAAAAAUUGUUUUAAAAUAAACCUUAAAUGAUUCCAUAGUUAUUAGAAAAAACAGAAAUCAAAUUCAUUUAAAAUCAUCUGAUAUAAUUGCUGGUUCACAAUGAAAAAAUCACUCUGUAUAAUUCCGCACUAGAAGACCUAAUACUAGAAACACUGUAUUUAUUUGUCUAUUAAUUAACUGGUUAAUUUAAAUUUCUAUCUAUUUGCUUGAGUAUAAAUUUUAGUUGUAUUAUACCAGUGGUCGGCAACCUUUUGCGACGGAAGAGCCAAAAGUUACAAUACACAAAAUUUUUCCGAUUUUAAAGAGCCACUAAAAAUUUUCGUAAUUUUUUUAAUAUAAUUUUAUUUUCAAAUUUUAAUAGCUAUAAUAAUAAAAUACUGCAGUUAUUAAUAAAUAGAUAGUUAUAUCAAUGGAAGCAUCGGCUUUGCAUGUCUUUUGAAAGUUUUGUGAAAUCUGGAUCAUACCUUGCUGUUUUAAGUUCAAGCACGGCUCUAGAUUUGUAUUAGUUAGUUGGCUUCUUACUUUAUUUUUUAUUGUAUUCAUGCAAAAGAACGCUUGCUUGCACGAAUAUGUUGACCCAAAAAUUGCCAGCAAUCCAAAUGUUAACUUCUUCACCUCACUGUAGCAUUCUGGAAGACUAUUCCAUGCGUUGAAUAUAAAUUUCUAUUAUCACAGCGUUUCUUUUAGAGCUGUCCACUUGUUUUGCGCAACUUGCAUGCAUUUCGGGACCUCCAGAUCUUCCAACUUGCUCUUGAGUUCUGUGAACUUGCCACUCCACGAGUCUUUUUAAAUGUAGCAUUACAUUUGAAAUGAUCUAGCAUCAAUUCCAAAUGGUUCAAUGUUGACCUCAUGUGUGUUUGUGUUGAGUGGGUUUACUAUGAACUAGUGAAGUACUAGAGUACUUUUGUUUGUUUUGAAUUACUCGAAUUGUUUGGUGAAUUUAUCCUUCAUUUUUUAUAGUUAUGCAAAAGAAAUUUAUGUCAAUAGUUGCAUUGGUUUCAUCGCGAUAUUGCUUCAGAUUUUUAAAAUAUAGUAAUUUACCGCUCUCCAUGUCUUCACCAAAAAUAAGUAAUUUUUUUCUUUAACUUCUUCCGAUAACUACUAUAGACUGUACGCCGCGCGGUUACUAUCAAGUUAUUGUUAUGUAUUAUUUCAUGUUUCCAAAAGCAACAAAAAUAAUAUCCAUUUUUUUAAUAUUAUAAAAUAUUGUUUUUGAUCAUAAAAUAAUUAAUUUUUGCGUGUGGAACUGAAGAGCCACAGGUUACUAACCCCUGUACUAUACUAUCAUAAUUAAUUAAUAUAAUGGCUUCAAUUUGUUUUUUGAAAAAAAAAAUUAUUAUUAUUUAAUUUAAUUUUGUUAUCAUUAUUAUUAUAGGAAAAUCAAUUAUCAAAACCACAAUCAAAGUGUGUUGCUCAGUUUGAUUUUAUGUCAGAUCAUGUUGACGAUUUAGUUUUUAAGGUACCAUUAUAAUCAUAUCUUAUCUACUAAAAUAUACUCUUUACUUAUAUAAAUAAAAUUUGUAUUUAUCCCAGAAAGGAGAUCAAAUUUUUAUUACAAAGCGUGUAAAUGAUGAAUGGUUAGAAGGUACACUUAAUGGACAUACUGGAAUGUUUCCCAUUAGUUACGUUGAAGUUACUAAUCCAUUACCCGAAGAAUUACAAUUAGAUUAUAUCUGCAAAGUAAUUUGUGUAUUUCCAUUUAAACCAGAAUGCUGGGAAGAUCUAAGUAUACAAGUAAUUAGUAAUAACCUAUUAAUACCCUAUUUUCAAUAAUAAUAUUUAUUUUAUGAUUAUAUAUAAUUAAUUACGAUAAUCAAUAUUAAUUUCCAACAAUUUAGGAAGGUGAUGAAAUUCAAGUAUUAAGAAGAAUUAAUGAACAUUGGUUAUAUGGAGAAAGUAAUGGAUGUAAAGGUCAAUUUCCAUCAAAUUUUGUUACUGAACUUCCUGAUGAUUUAUAAAGUAAAUUGUGAUAUUAAAAUAAAAAAAAUUAAAAGUUAACCAAAAUAACUUAUAUUUUAUGUAUUAUUAUGUAAUAACAUGUGAUUAUUGAAACUGUAUGAAUUAAAUAUCGAGUUUGUAUUAAAUCAAAAAAAAAAAAAACUUAAGAUACAUUUAAACGAACAAUCCUUAAUGCUCAAUUUAUUAAACAGGGUAAAAUUGUUCAAUAAAAAUAAAUAUUUGUUUAACUUUUCUUUAUUGUUUAUACCAAUAUUAUUUAAGUUUAUGUAUAAUAAUUAAUAUUUUGAUUACUUAUUUUUAAUUUAUCUAAAUGCCAUUAUUUAUCUAAAAUAUUAUUUUUAUAAACAUUAUAUUAUAUUA